GUGUUUUGUGUAAUCCACCAUAGUUAAGUCAUUGUUCUGCAUCGGUAAUUCUGAGACUGUUUCACUAAAUCAUAUAUGAAACGAAGAGGAAGACACGCUUUAACUAGUUUUAGGUGUAUCUUUUACACUCUUCUCCCCAUCUUCUGUUGAUAAAGAUACGCUAAGUUGUAAAUCAGUUACUGACACAAAUAUGAUGUAAAUAAACAAAUAGUGAUAAACUAUAAACAACAACAAAUCACCCAUGAUCCAACCUUCAAUAUAAAUAUUUAUCUAAUUCCCUUUCAAUUAAAUUAUUUUUAAUUACAAUUCUUUCUUUCUUAUUAUCAUCAUCAAUAAUUAAUCAUGGCUAGAACUAAACAAACAGCUAGAAAAUCUACUGGUGGUAAAGCCCCAAGAAAACAAUUAGCUUCUAAAGCUGCUAGAAAAUCAGCUCCAUCAACUGGUGGUGUUAAAAAGCCUCAUAGAUAUAAGCCAGGUACUGUUGCCUUAAGAGAAAUUAGAAGAUUUCAAAAAUCUACUGAAUUAUUAAUUAGAAAAUUACCUUUCCAAAGAUUAGUUCGUGAAAUUGCUCAAGAUUUCAAAACUGAUUUAAGAUUUCAAUCUUCUGCUAUUGGUGCUUUACAAGAAUCUGUUGAAGCUUAUUUAGUUUCUUUAUUCGAAGAUACUAAUUUAUGUGCUAUUCAUGCUAAGAGAGUUACUAUUCAAAAGAAAGAUAUUCAAUUAGCUAGAAGAUUAAGAGGUGAAAGAUCUUAGAUCGGUUAUCUUCUAUCUAUCUGUGUAUAUUAGAUUAUUAUUAUUACUAUUUUUGAAUAAAUGAAUUAGUUGUAUAUUAGAUUUAUUAUUUACCCCUAAACCAUUGAUAAUUAGUGAGUGCAAAAUAUAUUACCCUAAACAGACAGAUCAUUUUGCCCCUAACGGGUCAUCAAAUUUAAGCGACCUUAGCAGAUAAAAAUCC